UUCUGGGAACACUGAGAAUUACAGCUCUCCACAGGGGUUAGGGAUCUGCCACAGGGAAUACUCCACAUCCCUCACAAACCCAGUUGGCUCCUGGCCUGGCCAUAAGAGCGUAAAAAGGGCCCUGCUAGAUCAGAAUUGGGCCCUGGCUAUAGCAGGAACCGGUAUAUACGUAAGAGUUCAGUCAGGAAGUCGACAGAGAAGGAGAAUCCAGCCUGAAGAGUGUUUCUCGUGCUUACAAGACACAGCCGUUGCCUGCUGACAGACAUUGAGGAUGGAACGGUGGCUUUGGUUUCUCGUGGUGGCGGCAUAUGUUACUGCUGUGGCAUCUGCACAGUGGCAGAAGAACCCCACUCUGAAUAAGCACUGGGAGCUUUGGAAGGAGAAAUACAGCAAAGAAUACCAAAAUGAGAAAGAGGAAGUUGCUCGCCGUAUGACUUGGGAAAAGAACUUGCAAUUUAUAACGCUGCACAACCUUGAACAUUCUCUAGGACUGCACUCCUAUGAACUUGGCAUGAAUCAUCUUGGCGAUAUGACCAGUGAGGAGGUGACUGCUCUGCUGACCGGGCUGAGAAUUCCUGGAUCCCGGAGCCAAAAUUCCACGUAUCACAGGCCAAAUCCAAGGGCCAGACUCCCUGAUACAGUGGACUGGAGGGAUAAAGGGGCUGUCACAAAUGUGAAGAACCAGGGGUCCUGUGGUUCUUGUUGGGCCUUUAGUGCUUGCGGGGCCCUGGAAGGCCAGUUAAAGCUCAAAACAGGAAAACUGAUCUCUCUCAGUCCACAGAACCUUGUUGACUGCUCCACGAUGUAUGGAAACGAAGGAUGCCAUGGAGGCUACAUGACCAGGGCUUUCCAGUAUGUCAUAGAUAAUAAAGGUAUCGAUUCAGAUGCUUCCUACCCUUACGAAACCCAGCAAGGACCGUGCCGCUAUAAUCCUGCAGGACGAGCAGCAACGUGCUCUAGAUAUGUUGAGAUUCCAUCUGGUGAUGAAGCUUCGCUGAAGGAUGCUGUUGCCAAUGCUGGCCCUGUAGCAGUUGCUAUAGAUGCAACUCAACCAACGUUCUUUCUGUUUAAACAAGGAGUAUAUGAUGAUCCAAAGUGUUCUCAGGAUGUGAAUCAUGCCGUACUUGUAAUUGGAUAUGGAACACAGGGUGGCAAAGACUACUGGCUUGUGAAGAAUAGUUGGGGUGUAACUUUUGGAGAUGAAGGAUACAUUCAAAUUGCAAGGAAUCAUGGGAACCAGUGUGGCAUUGCCAGUUACUGCUCUUAUCCACAGAUUUAGAGAGAAUCUGCAGUUCUCAUCGCGUUUUCUUAAAUUUUAUUUUACUGGAGACACAGUCAAUUAGACCUCUUUUAAACAAACUGCUGUAUUUAAGAAGAGUGUCUCAAUGGGCAAGAUCUUGUCAGCUUGACCUCGUAUAUGAGACAAGCAGCCAAAAUGAUGGUUUAUCAGCCUCUAUAAAUAGGCCUCUACAAUUCCUAAGCACCAAGAAAGAUUGGGUCAUAGCCUCUUAUUUCUACACAAUCUAUUCACCAAAGCUUCGCUGGGUGUUUACAAGAGCUCGCUCGAAUGCCCUGACCUCAGCGAUGUCAUCAGGGAAAUUGGAGAGAAAACCCUAUGAGGAGAGACUAUGCCCCUGCGGAUCUGCUCCCGAAACAUUGAUGCAUUCACUGUUACAUUGUCCACUUUAUACUGAUGAAAGAGAUUUAUUUUUAUCUCAGUACCUGAAAGAUCUCAAAAGCCACUCAGUGGAGACGAUUCUUAUAUGUUUAUUAGAAGAUAGGGACCCAACAAUAUCCCUGGCGGUUGCUAAAUUCUGUUACACAUUGACCAAACUAAGAGAAGCUAGAGCACAGCAAUCGGUUACUGUCAAAGGUUCCUGAUUUUAUGUAUUUGAUAACAUUUUAGAUUUUUUUCCCAUUUUUGUUUUCUCUCUUUACUGUGUAUAUUCUGUGUCUAUUGAUGUUUGAUCUAAGGUCGUAAAUAAACAACUAACUAACUAA